AUGAUCCUGUGGAAGAAAGCAUAUAUGACAACUUACCGUGCUCCCCACGAAAACUGCGACGACAAGACCAGCACUGUGAUGUUUCCCACUCAGAACUUAAGGCCCCACCACCCCCACCUCCUCCUGGUCGAACUACUUCCCUUCUUCUUAGACCCAGCUGUGACUCCUUAUCUGAAGCUUAUAAAUCUGUGGAUCAGGCUCAAAGCUCUAAUACUGGAAAGACAACAUCGAGCACCACCAAGCCACAAUCACAUCAGCUUUCUCCUGUUUUACAGCCUCAACAAUCCAGUACAACUACAGGUGACACAUGAAUGUGGUGCUCAUGACAAAGCACGCAAAAAGAUUGAGACCCGCUGUAACUCGCUGGAUUCUGAGCCCUCCGUUCAACCUUUUGCAUCAGACAGCGGUGUGAUGUUAGAUUGGGGAUUUGAUGAGGAAGGUUGGCUGUUUAAAAGGUCUGUGUCAGUGUCAACCAGACCGCUCCUUAAGCCAGUAAUGGGCAUGAAUGGGGCCAAGGCUCGUAGCCAGAGUUUUGGUGCACGCUACAUGGAUAGGCCAAGCUUCAACAGAUCUGGAAAGAUCCGCACCCAGAUCAAAACACACUCAGGGAGCUCCUUGAACUCUCUUGGUGAUGUCCUUCCAGGAAGUAUGAGUUGCUCCAGCAGCUACCAUUGUCCAAUGAAUCGAUCCCUUUUGAACAACUUCUUGAUUGAAGAGGGCCUGACAGUUCCCUCACAUUUGGGGUCCUCCAGUGAAAGACUUCAAAGUCUUAAACUCCAGCGAGAACAGGCUAGGCGCCUUCAGAUUGAGCAACAGUUUUCAAGCGCCUUUGGUGAGCCAGUUUCUGAAGAACCAGAGAGACAAAGCACUAUAACCACAAUCGAAGAGAAGGUGAUGCUCGGCAUAGAGGAGAACUUCCACAAGUGUCAAGAACAGGAGAGAAGCAAUGAAGUAAAACAAAAAUCUGGCUCAACCUUGGCAAAUUGGUUUGGUUUUCGUAAGAGUAAGCUUCCAGCUCCAAGCGGCAAAAAGGCUGAUCCACCAAAACUUAAAGAGGACAAGAGGGAACAAAAGAUAACAUCACUUCUGGGAGGAAAGCAGGCAAAGUCUGAAAAAAAGAGAGACAGAAGAAAAAGUGAUGGAAAAGACUGUUCUGUGGGGAGAAGAGAGUCUCAUGAUGCAGUGCGGGCAUGCAUAUCAAUGCCCUGCCCAGGAAUGUCCCUGAAUGAGAUACAGGGACAUACUGACAUCACUGGUGACCCAAAGAUGCAGAUGAUGAGCCGCAGAACUGAUGGUGAAAAUGGAUCUACUGUGAAGAGCCUCAACCAGGAUGCAGCAAUAGGCUCCGGCUGCAAGAUGCGAACGUUGGACAGUGGAAUUGGGACCAUCCCCCUUCCUGAAUCCUGUUCCUUCUUCUCCUCCAUCCUACACCUCCUCCCCAAAUCCUCAUCAACCCCAGAACAGUCCCUCAGUCCUCCCAAUGUCCCCGGUUCCUCCAGCAAGGACAUGUCUCCCUCCCCAUUACCCCGGUGGAGAAUACCUUCCAGCUUUAAGGACAGCAGCCAUGCAGGGGUGCCCAACUCCCUGUCCGACUCCUCCGUGACCCAUAUCCAGUCAGUGCCUUUCCCCACUGUGGCCUACCUCCAGCCCAUCCAACCCCAGUCUGAACCCAUUGUGACCUCUGCCAGUGUGUGUGAUACCCAGAGCAGGCUACCCAGACCACCACAAGGUGGAAUGGAACCAAAGAAGUUAACCUACAUCAAAUCGAAAACACGAACCACCCCGAGCCAACAGAAAGAACAGACGAGACUUCAGCUUGCCAACUAGUUUCUGAAGCUGAAUGAGUCAACCUGGAGUGAGGAAUCGAGCAAUCAGUUGGAUUUAUCACUCUAAAUCAUGGAGGAUCCCUAAAUCCCACAGUUUGGACACUGUGACUGUGUAUGAGGAUGAAACGCUCAAAACUGGACAACAAGUGAGCUUGGCAUUGAAGGCUUCCACCUGUGCUUGGUGUACUGUUGAGGUACUCAGUAGCCUUCCAGGUGUUGAACCCUCUGGCAGCCAUUUUGGACGUCUGUGAGCACCUGAUUCAGUUUCAAAAUGUACAGGUCUGCUGCAUCACUAGAGUUAGAUAGACAUGGUUAAUUUCUCUGCUGUUAUCCUCCUCUGAGUGCAAACAAUUCUACAAAACAGUUGUUUUUUUGUUUUGUUUUUUGUACUAGCAGGUUAGCUCCUGUAGCACUAUCACAGCCAACUGUAAUCAUCACCAUCUUAUGAAAACAUCUGAGUUGCACAUUAGGUGUUGUUUGUGGCCAUACAUGUUACCUAGCUGGGCUAACUGCCCUCAAAUUACAAUAAGUAAUAAUGUAUAUGUACACAAAUGCAGAGGAAGUCUGAUUAGAGAAUUACCUUUGCAAAAUUGUAACUUACUAAAUGGAUCAACUGCAGCAUCACACAGCUGCCAUCAUUAAAAUAAUACUUCUCACACAAUUCCUGUAACUUGAACAGUAUGUAACUGGCACAAUGAUGGUGUUGCAACCCUGUCGCCCACAAAUGACGCUUCAAGCAUCAGAUGAAACCUUAUAAUCUCCAGAUUUCGACCUCUGAUUUCCAUCCUGAAAAUACUUUAUUGCUACUGACUGCCAGUCAUGAGCUCUAUGCCUGACUGAGUAAAGUGUGCACUGACUAGUUGGAAACUUUUUUUAUAGUCACAGUUUUAAUAUCAAUUUGCAUGCAACCACCUUCUGGUUUACUCUAACCCGGAAAUGUAUCAUAUGAUUCUGAUAUCCAUCAUCAUAUACAUCAGAGUUUCUUCACCAUAGGUCAAAAAUACAGAUAUGUGAAGCUUGAUGUGCGCUGUAAUGUAUUUAUGAAAUAUCACACAUAAUCUGUUACUACUUUGUAAGCAAUAUCAUCUAUAGUAAGACCGACUUUCACGCCCGCAGUUAUUUUAAGUAGUUGUCACAUUUUUAAAAUCCUCUUGAAAUGAAACUCUUCGUAUGAGAAUUACAUUCUGGUUUUUUUCUUUCUUUUUUUCCCCCAUUUUUCCACAGUGAUGACAUCAAGACAAAGCAGUGACUUUUGCAUGUAACCAUAGUUAUACAGCACCUAGUAGGCACAUAGUAGACAUUGUUGUGCUAGCUCAGGGAAAAUAACAUUUAUUGUCUCUGAUAGAUGCUGUGGAUUAAUAUGAACAACCAGUGAACACACCAGAGUUCCCUGUAAUGGUUCAAGGAUAUUUACCCGUCCUCUUGUCUGUUUUUGUCUGUACAUUUAACUGUAAGAUAUCACACCAUGGUUGCUCAGUUUCUCUCUCUAUUAUGUAUGCUGUGUCCUUUAUAGUAACGUUUUUGGUGUCAUGAAUGCAUCCUGACAUAUUUGACAGUCUUAGCUGCUUUGCGAAGUUUCCUCCUCACACCUUUAUCAGCUCCCUACCUUCCUUGUGUAGAUAUUUGCCUAAAUGCAUAUUGCCAAACACUGCUCUGAGCUAAUCACAUAUACAGAAAAUGAAUGCAACUAAAUCUACAUAUCAGACUUGUCAUGGUGACUAUAGCCAUAUUCUUUUGAAACCACUAGAGACAGUUUACAUGUGAUGUAGAAAUAUAUAAAGCACCGUAAUGUUGCACAAUACCAUUAGUCAUGUCAUCUUACUGUAUUUACCUCUUCUUUAAAUCUUUGCUCACUUGCUACAUGUAUAUGUGAGGUAAUAUUUGUAAAAUCGCAGUGGUGUUUAUGCCAAUAGCAACAUACAGGUCUAUUCAAUGAAAUAUGUAGCGUAUACAGGUGACACAAGGUGUUAAUUGAUCAGGGAACAGAUUGGCUGUACUGAUACGGGUAGAUGGAGCAUGGUGUCUGUGUUUUUAAAAUGGCUCACAUAAUGAAGAGCGUCACUCUCACAAGAGUAUUGUAUUUUUCUAACAUUUACUCUAAUGCCCUGUAUUUGUACUCAGCACUGAAGAGAUGUAAUUUUCCAUUUAUUGCACAUAUUGUUUCUCACUAUUACAGUAGGUUCUCCUUCUAAAAUUUUUUUUCAGAACCCAAUAAUAACAGUGAUGUUCUUGUGUGACAGUCACCUUAACAGUACGAAUUGAGAAUUGUAUACUACUGAUAUUCUUUGUUUUA